AUUCACCCACUUUAAUUCCACCUCUUGUUUCAUUCCUUCAUCCCUCCUUUGCUGCUGCCGCUUCCUUUCAGCCCUCUCUCUCCUGGAGUUAGAGGAGGAAGAGGAUGAAGGCAGGAGGGGUUGAGUGGAGCAGCAUUGCGAUACACACUGCAGGAACAGACUGAGGAGCUACAGGAGAGAAGAGAGUGAAAGAGGAAGGAGGAGGAAAAUCUGGACCACAGAAAGAGGAAACAGUGAAAAAAGGGGGAAAGAGGAAAAGAUGGACCGAGGGAGAUGAGAAGAAACGAAAAACUGAAAAGUGGGGAUAUUUCAAGGAAAGCAGAGGUAAAAAAAAUCAGCACAGAGUUGGAUGAAGAGGAUGGUCGACUGAGAGGAGAAAAGAGUGACAAAAGGAGUUGGAGCAGAAAAAGACGUCUUCAUCAGUGGUUUACAGGUGGAGGUGUGGUACUGUAGUGGAUGGACGGAAAAUCUCUGGAACGGGGUUCAUUUGUGAAACUCAGGCUGCUGCUUCCUAAAAAGUUCCCUUUGAUCCGCCCAGCUGCAGGACUGGGAUGAGACGGGAGAUCAUGGUUGGACGGACAGACUGGUGGAACCAGCUGGACUGAAAGGAAGAGGCUCAGGAAUCCCUGAGGGGUAAAUCAGGAAACAUUUGGACUACUUUGUGUCUUUCACUCCUGGAUUUCCUGAACAUUUUGAGAACAUUCAUACAUUUUCUCCUUAAACGGAAUACAAUAAUGAACUGAUGGAUGGGAAGGAAUCAGUUUGAGCUGGUGGACCCAUCCUGAGCGGAGAAAAACAAUGAAUACAAUUACAUACAUAGAAAACUGAUGGUUUUAUUACCAGUGAGAUAAAAGAAACACAGUAAGCUUACUUCCAUCACCGAUUGUCACUUAAAAGUCUCAUAUAUGCACUUCCUCUCCAGCAUCAAACCCACAGACACAUAAACGCUCAGUAUCCAGAUACCAAGUGUUUGCAGCCAGAACAGCUCGAGUCUCUGGUUCUGAACAGAGUAGAAGGUUUAACUAAUGAAGCAAUGAGUUGUUUCCAGAAGCAUAAUUACUACAAACAGAACCAGAUAUGAGAAAGAAAUUGUCCAUAUUUGGUCUCAGCAGCUUGAAAAUGUUGAUAAAAUAAAAAGUUCUGCAGGAAUCUGGAUACGCUGGAUCCGAUUGAAAACAAUCUUUGCAAAUCUAUAAAAUUUUCUUGGGAACAUUUUCCUGCACAGAUAAAUUAUCUGGAUGUGUGAAUGAUCACAGAGAAAGUUACAGAAUGAUGGAAAAUAUUUCAACAUAAACUAAGGUGGACAAUGGGACCAGUUCAUCACCAUCCAUGGGUUGAAGACACGUGGGAAUUUUCUCAUUACCCAGUUUGACCAGUGAACAAAGCUAGCAGCUUGUUCAACUUUUCCUUCUAAAGAUUUGGGAUUAUCUUCUCUGUCUUGGUGUAAAUCAUCCUUUUUAUGAUGGUGUGAGAGAAUGAGAACCAGUCUGGACGUUCAAGGCAAAGAGCUCUGAGUAGAUAAUGGACUGGAAGGAACUGGCGGCUCAGAAGCUCAGUUUGUCUCGCAGGAAGAAAUCCCAGCCGGGUCCCUCCUCUCCUCCGGCCGAGGCCCCGGGCCCGCCGCUGCUGUACACCGGAGGCUUCAGCGGGGCCCUGCAGCUGUCUCCCCCUGCCAUCCCACCAUGCCUCCUACGGGCCGGAUCAAAGGCGAAGGACACGCCUGGGAUGGGAAAGGUUCGGGUGAUGGUGCGCAUCUGCUCGGCCCACAGCAACGAAUCCUCGGAGUCCAUGUCCUUCCUGAAGGUGGAUGGCAGAAAAAAGCAGAUCACACUGAUAGAGACUUCGAACAGUGGAAACUCGGCCUCCUCUCAGAGACGUUCCUCUGUUUCACCACCAAAGACCUUCACCAUUGAUGCCGUCUUCACGCAGGAUGCCUCACAGGCUGAGGUGUGUUCGGGGACAGUGGCGGAGGUCAUCCAGUCGGUGGUGAAUGGAGCUGAUGGAUGCAUCUUCUGCUAUGGACACGCCAACCUGGGGAAGACCUACACCAUGAUGGGUCAGGACUGCUCCACACAGAGUCUGGGUGUGGCCCCCACAGCCAUCUCCUGGCUCUUCAAGGUGAUCGAGGAGCGCAGAGAGAAAUCUGGGGCUCGUUUCUCUGUUAGAGUGUCGGCGGUGGAGAUCUCCGGUCGUGAGGAGACGCUCACUGAUCUCCUGGCUGAACUCUCUUCCUCAGCAGGGAGCCAACAGGAGGCCCCGGGGGCAGCGGUGUCCCUGAGGGAAGAUCCUGUUUGUGGCUCCCAGCUACAGAACCAGACGGAGCUUCGAGCGACCAGCGCCGAGCGGGCAGCGUUCUUUUUGGACGUCGCUCUGGCAGAGCGGAUGAGUAGUCGGACCCCGGAUGACCAGGAUGCCCGGAGGAACUCACACUUUCUGUUCACGCUUCACCUCUACCAGGAGAGGGCGGACAAGAGCAACAAGGCCGCAGUGUCGGGCCGGAGUCGUCUCCACCUCCUGGACCUGGGCAGCUGUGAGACGGACAUCAGCAGGACCAGGGAGGGAGGCGGAGGUCAGUGUCUGUCCCUGUCUGCGCUGGGGAACGUCAUCCUCGCUCUCUCCAACGGGGCCAAGCAUGUUCCCUACAGAGACAGCAAGCUCACCAUGCUGCUCAGCGAGUCUCUGGGUAACAUCAACUGUCGAACCACCAUGAUUGCCCACAUCUCGGACUCCCCGGCGAACUACAUGGAGACGCUGACCACGGUGCAGCUGGCGUCCCGCAUCCACCGCAUGAGGAAGAAGAAAUCCAAAUAUGCCUCCAGCUCCUCUGGGGGUGACAGUUCCUGCGAGGAAGGCCCAUCCCGUCGACCUCCUCAUGUUCAACCUUUCUAUCCCCGGAUCGUGGCUCUGGACCCUGACACACCGCUGCUGCUCUCCAGCGAUCCCGACUAUUCCUCCAGCAGUGAACAGUCCUGUGACACCGUUAUUUAUGUCGGACCCGGUGGAACAGCAAUAUCUGACCGAGAGCUUAGCGACAAUGAAGGCCCACCUUCCUUUGUCCCCAUCAUUCCCUCCCUGAACAAGAAGCAAACCAAAGAUUCUUCCCGUUCAGAUGGAGAUCACUUGAAGUGCAACACAUUUGCAGAGCUGCAGGAGAGACUCGACUGUAUCGAUGGCAGUGAAGCUUCAAAUGCAUUAAACACUGAGAGCAGAGCAGCACAACCAGUGAAGAUUCAAACUGGACCAGAAUCCGAUAAGAACUCCUUCCUGAACUUAACUGGGUCGGGUCAGGGAGAAUACAGACUCCCUUCUCCUGGAACCUCCAAAAGGACGAGUGCUGAUGGGGAAAAACUCAUUCAGCCAUGUUUGGUAGGGUCCAGUGAGCACUGUUCCUCAGAUCCAGAGCCUGUGGUAAGGGAGAAAGUUAGACGAGGUGUGACUAGGCCACCACUCCCUCAAUUUGUACCUCAGAGAUCCAUGACAGCAUCUGAGUCAAGAGACUUUCUCAGCAGGACUCCCCCUGUGGGUAUGAGCUAUCAAGUACCAAUAAACAAUCAGCCUUUGGAGUUACCGGACUUGAGGAGGCCCCAUCAUUCCACCAGUUAUCCGAUGGAAGUCAGCGGCAUUCGAGCGGGUUUGUUAGGAAGAUGCCUGGACAGGGACGUUUUUAGGACCACAAUCACGCUGCAGCAGCCUGUGGAACUGAAUGGGGAGGAUGAGCUUGUGUUCACCAUCAUAGAGGAGCUUCCUCUUGGCCUUGUCCCAGACAACGGACACCCCUCCAACCUCCUCAGCUUCAACCCUGAGUGUUCACUGCAGGCCUUAGCCGCAGGUUCUCGUCCAGUCAGCAUCAUCAGUAGCAUCAAUGAUGAGUAUGAUGCUUACACAAUCCAGCAUGGAGUUACAGGACCCGACUUUCAUUCAUCUGUUGGAUCAAAGCCCACUGAAAGUGAAGACAGUACUUCAGUAAACAAGCUUUUCUUGAGAGAUGAAAGUACAGCAGCAGAGAGAGCGUCCAUUCUGACUUCACCAAGCGUAUUCCACCGACAGCCAUUUCUGCAGCAUGGUCUAAAGAGCUCAUUGAACGACAGCGGUGUCUGUUUCUCAGAGCUGGACAGUGACCCUUCCACACCAAACAAAUCAUCAUUUGCCAAGGCCUUUCCUGUCCCUGAUUCCAUCAAAGCCACACCUAAAGGCGCCUCUAAAGUGAGAGCCAAUAUCUUAUACACUCCAACUUCAGCUCAGACUCCCCACCACACCCACCACUCCAGUCUUCCCAGGAAAACCAAGCCUACCUCAACUGCAGCUGUAGGCGGCAGCAGACAGGAAGACAGACAUGAGGACUUUUUGUUUCAAGGAAGCAACUUUGGUGAUCCUAGAGAGGUUGAGUAUCUCUCUGCAAGUAAGCCCACAAGAAGUGGCACAGCUAGCAUCUCCCCCAAGAGGUCUGGAGGAAACAGCAGCAGUGUACCUCGACCUCCAAAAGCACAAGGGUCUUCCACAGCUCACAGAGUUGUUGAUGGCUGCGAUAAGUCCACCAGCAAAAGAGGAGAUGCUCCCAUCAAGCUGCCACGACUCACUCGAGGUGCAACAACUCUGGGAACUGUUUCUACCCCACAGAGCUCUGAAAUAAAAUGGGGUGAAGAAGCUUUCUGUGUGACGGGGACAUUAAGGUUUUCAUCACUGGGAAAAAAGUCAAAUGGGCAGAAAAGCAGCAUAAUUUCUAAGUACGGAUCUGGAAAUAUCUCUCCUCCUACUCCACUUGUCAGACAGUCCAGCCAAGAACAAAAGACAAGGUCUCCAAGUGCCUCAAAAACAAGCAGUGGAAAGUUUGCUUUUUCCAAAAGCUCAGCCUCAGAGGAGGAAUUUACCAUCAGGCACCGAGCAGAUUCAUUCAGUCAUAAGACAUCUAGUUUAAAAAUUGAUCAUGCUUCUCCCAGAACAUCGUCCAGUCUGAAGACACGAGGGGCCAAAGCAGAUUCUUACAGGUACUAUGGAAGCCUGAGGUCUCUGGAGAGGUCUGAAAGUCCAAUCCAAACUCUUUUGAAACCUGAUGUGUUCAGGAAUGGUAAUGGUGCUGGUACAGAGAAUAGCUGGAAAUCCAACAGAUCGGUACCAAGACUUGGCCUUCCACCUUCAAACAUUCCCUGUUCCUCCCAAACCUCCUCUACUUUUCUUUCAACUGCCAGCAGACUAGGGCAGGUCAAAGGCAAUGGUAAUUCCCGUGCUGCUGGUUCUGGUGGACUGAAGGUUCGAACUCUAUCAACCAGCAGCUCUAAAAGCCUAAGUUCCUCUCCAAAUGCAGCUGGACAUAAUGCCAGCCUACCUCCUACUGGAAAGUCUCCUGCCCGGACUGGAAAUGGAGGUAAGACAGGAAGAGGCACCAUUAUGGGCACGAAACAGGUCAUCAACAGGGCAGCUAACAGCCGGAUCAUUGAGCUCGCUUCUGGUGGGAAGCAGCUGAGCAGGGGGGAUGGAGAAAGUGAAAAUACCAACAGCGGUGUCAACAUGCCACUGCCCUCACCCUAUAGCAAGAUCACAGCACCUCGAAGGCCACAGCGCUACAGCAGUGGACAUGGCAGCGACAACAGCAGCAUCCUCAGUGGGGAGCUUCCCCCUGCUAUGGGCCGCACUGCCUUGUUUUACCAUAGUGGGGGCAGCAGCGGCUAUGAGAGCAUGAUCCGAGACAGCGAGACAACCGGCAGCACUUCGUCAGCACAUGACUCCAUGAGUGAGAGCGGAGUAUCUUUGUCCAACCGAGGCAGAGUGUCCAAAUCGCCCAAGAAGAGAGGAAAUGGGGGUUUCCUGCGGCGGAGGCUGAUCCCAGCUCCCCUGCCAGACACCUCCACUCUGGGCAGGAAGGUCGGGGGUCAGUGGGUGGACCUGCCACCGCUGAGCGGGGCUCUGAAGGAGCCGUUUGAGAUAAAGGUGUAUGAGAUCGAUGACGUGGAGCACCUGCAGAGAAAGAAGGAAGUGGAGGCGGGAUCCGAGCAGCCGUUCCAGGAUGUAGAAAAGGGCCUUCUCUACUUCAAUGCCCGGCUGAGGAUGCUGGAGAAGCGACAUCAGCAAAUCCAGGAGCUGAGGAGCAAACAUGAGCAGCUGAAGGUGGAGCUGGAGGAGGCCAAGGGCCGCCUGAUGCUUCCUCCAAGCAAGUGGAGCGGAGAAUUUGACAUAGACCAGGACCUGGACCGGGAGUCACAGGAGUACCUGGAGGCUUUGGCACAGGCAACGGCGGAACUGGAGUUCUGCGUCAACCUCUGCAAGUCCCGCGUCAUGAUGGAGACCUGCUUUGACAUCACCAUCACCACGACAACGAGCGCCACCACGGUGGUGCAGGAUGGGCAACAAAGGGUGUAGGUGUUGCAGCGCCACUCACUCACAGAAAGAGAGCGAUGCUUCUGAAGAAGAACAGAGGGAGCUAUGAUGAAAGAUGGACCAGAUGGUGGUUCUGAUCUGAUCUUGGAUCAGAUCAGAACAGACAAACAAGAUGAAAGCUGUGGAAGUGCCUUUUUACUGUAUUUAUGAUUCAUUUUCACUUAGUUAUUUAAUUGUUUUAUUCAGUAUUUAUCCCAUUUUUUAAUUUAUUUUUUUUAAUGGUGCUAAAAUAUUUGUUAUGCAACAUCCUUUAGAAAAUAUCAGAAAUUUUACAAGAUAAAACCAGGUUUUGGUAGAAAAGAAAUAAUGUAAAAAGAUGUAACCUCAGACUGGUUGUUGGGUUGAUGUCUGUCUUCAGGAGUAAAUGUCCCAGAAGUUCCUACAAAAAUGAUAAAGAAUCAGUCUUCUGAUGGUUCUGUCAGAGAGAUGUUGCUCAUAAAUAAACUGAAUCCAAAGACUUAUGCGGACAUGAAAACCAACUGCAGACCGUGGAGUUCCUUUCACCUGGAAACAUCUCGGAUGUGUGGAUCAGGAUCAGGUUUGAGCCUGUUUCAAAUCCUACCGAACCUGUCAGACACCAGAUGUUACAGCCUGAAAAGCCUUUUCUGAUAAAUAUUGUAAACCAGGGGUGCCCGGGUCUAGGUCCCUCCAGCAGCUUUUAGAUGCAUCUCGUUAGCAGGCCGCUGCAGAGCUGAAUGACUGAACCAUGAUGAGGGAAUUCAGCCGUUAGAUUCAGGCGUGUUGGAGGAGGGAUGCAUGUGAAGGCUGCAGGAUGGGGCCCCCUGUUGUAAAUACUGUAAGUCUGUUUCUUGUUACUUGCUGUUUUCCAGAGAUCCGGUUGUGGAGACUGAUGGACCACAUGCUGCUCUUCUAGGUCCGCUCUUCUCCUGUAACACAUGUUGUGUUUUACCUCUGCAGAAGGCAGCUAGUUGGGCAGCGUUUAGUUUUCACCACGUGGAAAUAUUCAGUAAAAACAUUCAGCCUCGGUGCUGCAAACUGUUUAAGUUUGAUAUUACAAACAAAAUCUAUGUCUUCGUAAAACUGAAACUGAACAAUCUUCAAAGUAAAAAUGAGAACUUUUUUCUCAUUUGGGUCAUUUUUUCAUAUAAGUAUCAGUAUGCAUUUAAACUUUCUCAGGCUGUUUUUAAAGUUGCUGCAUGAAUUUCUGUUUUUUAUUUUUUAAUGUGUAUUUUGUGUUUUCAAACUUGUUUUUAAGACCUUUCUCUUCCCGUUUGAGACCUUUUUAUUGAUUAAACACAGAUGUUUGGUUCUUA